AGAGCUCGGGCCUCUCGAAGAGCCCAUAGUUUGUAAGAGAAAUAGGCCUAUCCAAGAGCCUUAAUCCAUUGUUUUAUCAUCUUCUUCCUUGCAUUUUUCCUUUCAUACAAGAAGGCACAUAACAGAGAGAGAGAGAGAUGGCAACGACAAGAGUAUCGGGAGUCGGAGGGGCCGGCGGUGAGGCUCCAAGGAUAGUGCGGAACGAGGCCCAACACAGGUUCGAGACUGAGGACAAGAAGGCAUACAUAGAAUACGUGCUCAGGAACGAUGGGAAAGUCAUGGACUUGGUCCACACCUUCGUACCAUCUUCUAAGAGAGGCUUAGGCUUGGCUUCCCACCUCUGCGUUGCGGCCUUCAACCACGCCAAAUCCCACUCCAUCUCUGUCAUACCAACCUGUUCUUACGUCUCGGACACUUUUCUUCUGCGAAACCCCUCCUGGAAUUCUCUUUUGUACUCGGAAGAUGUCAAAUCUAAUAUUGGAACGAGUUCUUCUCUUUGAGGAGUGCUUGAGGAAAGUGUUUGUAAUUUGUAAACUACCUAAGCAGAUGUUCUUUUGCUUACUUUGUUCAAUUGUUCUCAUCAUAAAGGGGUUUGUGUCAUUUGUAGCCACAACUGUUUCUCUGCAUUACAUUUAAAUAAUAAAAGUAUUUCAUUUCCAGCCA